AUCGAUAACUAAUAACGGUGCAGACAAAUAUCCAGUCAAUGUUUUUUUACAAACAAGUUUUGGUGUAUUAUCAGCAAAAUACAUGCAUUUAUGGUUUAUUUUUGUACAUACAAUAUGAAAAUUUAGAUUCAGACGUGUAUCUAGAAACAUUUCUUUCACAAUACUUGCUGACCUCCCGAUGGAAAUUAUGGCGAAUUUUAACAUCUGCUUUUAAUAUGAAUGACAACAUGGACAGGAGCGGACACAAAAGCACAAGAGAUACUAGCAGUUAUAGUGAAACUAAUCAUGAAGUUGAUAGCAAUGCCAUCGAAGCGUUUCACACUAAUGAGCUUGACAAAAGGCUACAACAUGAGGCGAAAAUAGGUCGGCGGCAGUAUGAACAGUGCGUUACUACACAAGGUCAGUCUGAAGAAGCUCCAAACAAAUGUUACAGCACCGAAAAGAUGCCUAAAGAACGCGACAGUAUUGUAACAGAACAAGGAGAAUAUUCGCAAAGACAGAACGUUCAUAGUUCACAUAAAAGCCACAGGACUGACCAUGCGAGGAACGAUGCCAAGCAAAGAAGUCAGUAUCAUUUUGACAAAUUCUAUCCAGCCGAAGCGGGAUUCUCUACCCAAAUGAACCGAACUUACGAAUAUUCUCAACAAGAGGACACAAGAGCGCCAUCUCUUGGUCAGGCAUACAUAACCCGCCACCAGGGUCCGCCUGAACACACCGCUUUGUCAUAUGGCAACAGUCCAAACACACAACAUAACGUUCGAACAAGAAGUACGGUGCAGACAAGCCGAUCACCUGUGUCCAUUCCUUCUCCCGGAAGCAGCAAAUCAACCACGCCAAGGCAGCUGGAAACAAGCAGCACCUCGCGGAGUGGAACAAACAGGUCGUCAUUAAUACCGCCAGGUCUCAGUAAAACGAGUACACCAUACAAGCUGCAGCAGACAAAGCGAGUACCACUGCCCAUCGGCAUGACAGUCAGUAGUAGCCAAACUUGCACGCCAAACAAAUUUCCAAGUCAUAACACGAGCAUGCAAAGUGAGGGCGUGGUCUGUCGGAUCUGUCACGAUGGGGAUCAAACAGAAGUACUUAUAUCACCCUGCUACUGUGCCGGGUCCAUGGGUUUGUUACACGUGUCAUGUCUACAGAGAUGGCUUGGCUCAUCAAACAAGACCUCGUGUGAAAUCUGUAAUUUCCAAUUCGCCUUACAAAAAAAGACGAUGCCGAUUUCGCAGUUUUUGAAGGAACCUGGGACCACGCGAGAUAAGAAAAAUGUGAGAUGUGAUCUGUUGUCUUUCCUACUGAUAACUCCGCUUACACUCGCCGUUACUGGGAUCUGCAUAUAUGGUGCGGACCAUUAUUAUGCAGAUAGAAAAAUGGAGAAAAGUGGUCUGAUAGGCCUUGCCGUUAGUCUUCUAUUCCUCUAUCUUGUCUGGCUUGCGGUUGCUUUGAGACACAAUUGGCGUCUGUGGAAGGACUGGAAGAUGUUUCACCAGGAAGUGAUCUUACUUUGUACCCCAAGUGACCCAGAAAAGCAUGCACCGACUAUUGUACCAACACCAAAUGCGCCUUGUUCAGAAAGUCUGGACUCUCGGUCAACAGUUGGCAGCAUCCACUUGCAAAGUAUCAAAGUAAGCGUGCAGGGUCCUAUGACAAGAUAUAAAGGUAGAAAAACGACUAGCAGAACACAGCAGAAUGAAGGACCUGGUCCAGAUAGAACGUCAGAUCGCGUUAGUGAAUGCGCUAGUGAUCGUAGUCGCAGAACGCAAGGUCAAGGCCAUUCAGCCAGUCAAGCUGAUCGCAGUAAAAUACACGAUCAAGAAGACCAUUUCCCACAGUUCCCAUGUGAAGGCCAACCAAAAAGACAACGUGUAGAAGGAAGACAGAACAUUAAAUAUGCCACAAAUAAUAACUUCCACUAUUAUAACACAGAAGAACGCAGAGUUGACAAAGGAAAGAAACUUGGAAAGAAAUAUUUAGCAGAGCAACCUUGUAACCCUAGUGACAGGCAGAGUCGGCAUUCAGGUAGAUGCAGUUCAGGGAGUUCCAGUAUUCUUACUGAAGACAGCCAAAGGCGUAGAAGACAUAGAGCGCAUAUAGAACCACAAGAGCGAUUCAGAGAAAGAAAGACAUCUACUAAUGAGAGCGGACAAAAUAAUAUAACAAAUACGGCAUAUAUGUCUAUGCAUAGGAAUGAAUACAAGAAGCACAAUCACACAUUCUUAAACAUCGAAAAGAUGUCUAGCGGAGGCAUUAAAACUGAUCAAAAACAAGAGAAAAUGGGUGCAGAACUUGAUAUAUUCAGUCGUGGUGCUAGCCCUCCUGAACAAGAAAAAUCGCACGAUAAUAUACCAUAUGACGAUUUCGUAACUAAAUGGGUAAAUGAUCAAAAGAAGGUAAUAGUUACGGAGAAUCGACCUUCAAAAUAUCCGGAGUCUAUGAAUUCUCAACCUUCCAAUGUACUCAGCGCGGAAGAACUUCCUAGCAAAAGAAUGCAUUCCCUGUGUGAAACUUCUCAUUGUACUUACAACCCUAAUCCAUUGCAAAAUCUUGAGACAAGUAAAGAAAAUGAAAGGAGCGAAGUAAACAUUCGGACGCCAGCCGCACUUUCAGUUAGUUCUUCAGAUACAUCAUUUGAAAAAGUGAUAAGAGAAAAUAAUUUAGAUAAUGAAAAUGAUAACCAUUUUAAUCAACCAGGAAAAAAAGUUUACCUCUAGAUAGAUUACUGACAUGCAUGCAUUUGAUUUUCAAUUGACAGUUUUUGUGAUAUGCGAGUAUCUAUAAAAUGAUAUUCUUUAUAUAAAUCUGCAUAUUGUGUUCCAGUAUGGACUUUAGGUUCAACAAAUGUUUUGUGUUAAAUAUGGUUAAUGUUUUGAAGAUAUGUUCUCUUAUUCUUAAAUGCAUGUAUGCAUUAAAAUUCAUACACCGCA